GCGCCUGUCAUCGAACCUGUCAUAUUUCUCCACAUCUCGACACUUUCACUCGCAUCUGUGUUGCUGUUUCCACUGGUGUCUCUAACUCCAGCAGGGUCUGCUCUGGUCUGGUCUGACUCGGAAGCACAGCCAUGUGCAGCUGUGUGCGGAGCUCCAGGGCUCUGUCCCCCGUCCUCCUGCCCCGGCUGCUGCCCCCCCAGACCGGGUUCAGGCUGGCCCACAGGAGCCUCUGGACCUCCAACCAGUGUCUGGCUGUCCAGGGAGACUCCCAGCCGCUCCCUCUACCCAGCCAGGCCCGGGUGGUGAUCUGUGGGGGGGGGAUCGUGGGGACGUCGGUGGCCUACCACCUCGCCAAACUGGGCUGGACUGACAUUGUGCUGCUUGAGCAGGGCAGACUUGGCGCUGGGACAACCAGGCUGUGCGCUGGAAUCGUGAGUGUGGCCAAACCCAUCUCUAUAGAGUGCAAGAUGGCCAAUUACUCAAACAGUCUGUACCAGCGACUGGAAGAGGAAACGGGGGUCAAAACAGGUUAUGUGCAGACGGGUUCUUUGUGUCUGGCGCAGAAUCAAGACCGUUUCAUCUCCCUUAAACGGCUGGCUUCAAGACUCAAGGUAAUGGGGAUCAGCUGUAACAUCAUUAAACCAAAAGAAGUGGCCAAACUCCACCCUCUGGUUAAUAUUCAUGACCUGGUUGGGGCGCUGCACCUCCCCGCCGACGCCGUGGUGUCUUCACCUGACGUCAACCACGCGCUGGCUGUAGCAGCUGCAGGACAAGGGGUUCAGAUCCUGGAGCGAACGACUGUUCAGCAGGUUGUGGUGGAGAACGGCCACGUGAUGGCUGUGGAGACGGAUCGGGGCCCCAUCGAAUGUGAAUAUUUCGUCAGUUGUGCCGGCCAGUGGGCUUACGAGCUGGGCCAGGCCAGCGAGGUGAAGGUAUCGGUUCCUCUCCACGGCUGCGAGCACUUCUAUCUCCUCACCAAGCAGCUGCAGGAGCCGCUAUCGCCCAACACUCCAGUGGUGAUCGAUAUGGACGGCAGGAUUUAUUCAAGGCCGUGGCAGGGGGGCAUUCUUUCUGGAGGCUUUGAGAAGAACCCCAAACCCAUCUUCACUGAAGGACGGAACCAGCUGGAGAUCCAGAACAUGCAGGAGGACUGGGAUCACUUUGAGCCGAUGCUCAGCGCCCUGCUGAGGAGGAUGCCGAGUCUGGAGUCGGCUGAGAUCCAUCAGCUGGUCAACUGUCCGGAGUCGUUCACGCCCGACAUGCGCUGCCUGAUGGGGGAGACACCCGGCCUGUCGGGCUACUACGUGCUAGCAGGGAUGAACUCCUCGGGUCUGUCCUUCGCUGGAGGAGCUGGCAAAUACCUGGCAGAGUGGAUGACCUACGGCUACCCCACCGCCAACGUCUGGCCGCUCGACGUCAAGCGCUUCGGCAACCUGCAGAGCAGCCGCACCUUCCUGAGACACCGAGUGAUGGAAGUCACGCCUCUGCUGUACGAGCUCAAGGUUCCUCGGUGGGACUUCCAGACGGGCCGCCAGCUCCGGACCAGCCCUCUGUACGACCGGCUGGACACCCAGGGAGCUCGCUGGAUGGAGAAACACGGCUUCGAACGUCCAAAAUACUUUGUUCCUCCAGGAAAAGAUCUGCUGUCUCUGGACCAGAGCAAAACCUUCUACAAGCCCGACUGGUUCGACAUCGUCGGAGCUGAAGUGAAAUGCUGCAAAGAGGCCGUCUGUGUCAUCGACAUGUCCUCCUUCACCAAGUUUGAACUAACUUCUACAGGCGAUCAGGCUCUGGAGCUGCUGCAGCAUCUUUGUGCCAACGACCUGGACGUUCCUGUCGGACACAUCGUCCACACCGGCAUGCUGAACGAGAGAGGGGGAUACGAGAACGACUGCAGCGUCGUCCGCAUCAGCAAAAACAGCUUCUUCAUCAUCUCUCCAACAGACCAGCAGGUCCACUGCUGGUCCUGGAUCAAGAAGCACAUGCCGGAGGACCCGCACCUCCACCUGGAGGACGUGAGCUGGAAGUACACGGCUUUAAAUCUGAUCGGACCCCGAGCGAUGGACGUUCUGGCCGAGCUGUCGUACGUUUCCAUGACGCCUGACCGUUUUCCCUCCAUGUUCUGCAAGGAGAUGAGCGUCGGCUACGCCAACGGGAUCAGAGUGAUGAGCAUGACUCACACCGGAGAGCCGGGUUUCAUGCUCUACAUCCCCAUAGAGUACGCGCUGCACGUCUACAACGAGGUCAUAUCCGUGGGCCAGAAGUUCGGCAUCCGCAACGCCGGCUACUACGCCCUGCGCAGCCUCCGCAUCGAGAAGUUCUUCGCCUUCUGGGGCCAGGACCUGGACACCUUCACCACCCCGCUGGAGUGUGGACGCGAGUUCAGGGUCAAGUUUGACAAGGACACCAACUUCCUGGGCCGGGAGGCGUUGCUGCAGCAGCGGCAGGACGGCGUGUUCCGGCGGUUCGUCAUGCUGAUCCUGGAGGACCACGACACGGAGCUGGACCUGUGGCCGUGGUGGGGCGAGCCCAUCUACUGCAACGGCCUGCUGGCCGGCACCACCACCAGCAGCGCCUACAGCUACACGCUGGAGCGCCACGUCUGCCUGGGCUUCGUGUCGCCGCCGCCCAGCGCCGAGGGCCUGCCCACCGCCAUCACGCCCGACUUCAUCAACCGCGGGGACUACGAGGUGGACAUCGCGGGCCAGCUGUACCCGGCCAAGGCCAAGCUCUACCCCUUCAGCUCGCUCUUCACCCAGCAGAAGCGCCGCAAGGAAGACAUGGAGCUCAGCAACCUGCAGGGGAAGUGAGGUAGAGCAGCGGCCCCUCUAUCACUCCGUCAGUUAAACCCACUCCUGGGUCCGUGGACUUCCAUCCGUUUUUUGUUUUGAAAUUACAAAAUAAAAAUAGAGAAAUAAUCCGUUACCCAUCUUUUGUUUUGAUAAUAAAAAACAGAAACCGGAAAACGGAUCAUUAUCCGUUUUCCGUUUUCCGAUUUCAUUGAUGUGUUUGAAAAUCGAAAUUGGGAAUUAAAACAGGGUCCGUGUAUCUUUUGGUCAUUGGAUUUUUCCAUCAUGAGUGGGAAUCAAAAAACAAAAAA